AUGUAUCUUCAGAAUGUUUGUCUCUCAGAGGCAAGGAGUCUGUUCUUUAGACAUGUGGACUCCAUCGUUUUUGCCAAUUGUGAGAUUCGUUCACUGCAGUCGCUUUUGGCCAACCACAAGCGCAUCGUCAGUGAUUAUGGUUAUGCAGUGGGCGAUAUCAAGUCAUCAUAUCUCAAGGAUCUGCUUAUUAAUGAGUAUCAAGACACAAUUGGCUUCAAAGAGAGAAGUGAGGUGAACAAGAGCAUGUGGGUCUAUGAUGUUGGGGGAGGAGGUAACUACAUUGAAGCUGCCAUAUCAUCUUUUGGCAUCAGUGAUGAGCAGCUUCUCCAAAACGUGAUACAGCGGCUCUCUAAGAAGAUUAAAGAUACAUCUUCUGUUCCCUGGCCACCUCGGAUCGAUCAUCUGGAAGAAGGGGAGGAAUUAUGUGAGUUGUUGUUGAAGCUAUUGACAUGGUUGAAACAGCCGAAAAGAAAAACAGUUGAUCUCAGUCCCGCCACACUCAGCCUGGCCUCUAUGAUAACCUACCAUGUCACUGUACAACGUACCACUACUGUUAUCAACUUGGGAGUCAAUGUCCAUGGAAUGACGAGGAGUAAAGAAUUGGUAGAAACUCUGCACAAAAGUGGUGUCUGCAUCAGCUACGCCAACACGCUACUCCUUUAUGACCAUUGGGCUCUAAUGGAUGUUAAAGCAUCAACAACCUGUCCUCAGGAGAUCGUAUAUGGCAGGCCAGCAAUUGUGGUUGUCAACAACGACUUCAAAAUUGAUUCACAGGCAAUGCAACAGGAGCACAUCCGACAAAUAUUAUGUUUGUGCAACCAGAAAAAUACGAAAAGAAACCGGAGAAAUCCGAGGCAUACCAAGAAGAAAAAAAUAUCUGAACAACUCAGUCAAAUGUGUGCAUAG